CGCCACAGGGUCCCUUACCUCGCUGAAUUGUGAGAAUUAAAUGACCUUGGAAAACAAGUUUCUGUUGCACUCCAUGCUCAGAGCAGCUUCCUGACUCUAACUCACGAGAAUGGGCCCAGGCCCUGCCCAGAGUUACCGAGUCAGGCUCUUUGGGAGUAGGGCCUGGGCAUCUGCUGAUCACAAACCUUCCGCAGCAGGUCACACACUGGGCCAGUGACUGGUCUUGGGCCUCCACAUGCCACAGUGGCCCUCAGGAGGAAUGGCAGUUGUGGGCAGCAUGCUUGGCCUGUUGCAGCAGCAUGUGGUGAUAGGGGCUGCCCCUGUGGUCCGCUGCCUGCACAUAUCUUCGCGUUGGGCUGACAGCAGCAGAGCUUCGCUCACUCGUGUGCACAGACAGGCCUAUGCACGCCUCUACCCCAUGCUCCUGGUCAAGCAGGAUGGCUCCACCAUUCACAUCCGCUACCGGGAGCCCAGACGAAUGCUGGCGAUGCCUGUGGACCUGGAUGCCCUGUCCCCAGAGGAGAGGCGGGCACGGUUCCGCAAACGGGAGGCCCAGCUCCGAGGGAAGAAGGAGGAGCAGCCAGAGCUCCUUGACAACUUUGACCUGGAGCGGUACAAGCAGUUUUGGACCAAGAAGUGAUCAUACCCACAAGCUGCCCUGGCUCAGGAUGCUGUAGAAGGGGAGGGCAUUCAUCUUUAAAUUGAGUGUCAGGAUUUUAAAA